AUGGCAUUUAAUAUAGACCGCGUACGUGGGGAUGAUUCAAAACUCAAAAAUAGAUUGCACAGGAAAUGGGCCGGGCCGGAUGUGUACAUUUGGAUGCUGUUGACUUUUUCUCUCGGUUGCCAUGGUUACCAGGAACAGAGAUUUGCGAUGGAGCCGCAGGAUCAAAGUGCCAUUGUGGGCUCCCGUGUAACACUACCUUGUCGAGUGGAGAACAAAGUUGGGAGUCUUCAAUGGACGAAAGACGACUUCGGUCUUGGAACGCAUCGCAACCUGAGCGGUUACGAGCGAUAUGCCAUGAUUGGAAGCGACGAGGAGGGCGAUUAUUCAUUAGAUAUAAGAGAAGUUACUUUAGAAGACGACGGAAAGUACCAGUGUCAAGUUAGCUCUGGUCUUAACGGGGAACCGCCAAUUCGUUCAAGGUACGCACAACUCACAGUGCUGGUAGCCCCGGACCCUCCGCGGAUAUUACAAGGUGCCUUCAUAGAUGCCAUCGAAAAUCAACCUGUAGAUAUAGAAUGUGUUUCUGAAGGUGGAAAACCUGCAGCUGAAAUCACGUGGGUCGAUGGAAACCAAUUAGUAAUUACGAAAAAUGUAGAAAGCAGAAUAGAACUGUUACCAGAUGAACAAAGAUAUAAAACUAGAUCAGUAUUGCGGUUAAUUCCUAAUAAGGAGCAUCAUAACCAAACAAUAACGUGUCAAGCACAAAAUACAGCAGACAGGGCGUAUAGAAUGGCCACUGUUCAAAUAGAGGUGAAAUACGCCCCAAAAAUAAACUUAUCAGUUGUAUCUGGUGCAAUCAGUAAUAAGAUCCCAGAAGGCACUGAGGCCCGGAUUCGAUGUCUGGUUGAUGCAAAUCCGCCCGCCCAAAUGUACGCUUGGUAUCUUAACAAUCAUCCCGUUGUAGGUGAUUAUACGGAUGAGAUGAUCAUCUUUAAUGUGUCCCGCAAACACAAUAAGGCAAUAGUGAAGUGCGAAGUUAGCAAUUUCGCGGGAAAGAGCGAGGCGUCACUAGCGUUGAACGUGACUUAUCCACCAUCUUUCCGCACUCGACCUAAAGAUAUCGAAGCCGCGGUCGGUUCUACCGUCACGUUGAGCUGUGACGUCGACGGUCACCCAACACCCGACAUACGUUGGCUGUUCCAUGAGACUGGACGAAUCGGGCAGGUUAAGGGGAAAGCCCCGAACUUGAAGGUGUACGUCGACGAGAGAAGCGCGGGUCGGUACAUUUGUAAGGCCAGCGUGGACGGCUACGAUGACAUUGAGAGUGAAGCCACUAUAUUCAUUAAAGGUGCUCCCAACAUCAUAUCAAACAGAACUCAAUUAGGUAUAGAGGGAGAGAAAGUGACUGUAGAAUGUGAAGCCCUAUCCGUACCAAAACCUGACGACAUCAGAUGGUACUUUGAAGGGAAAGAAAUAAGCGUUAUUCAUGAUCCGGAUUAUGCGAAAUUAGAAGAAUUAUUGCCAGGGGGAAUAGUCAAAUCAAGUUUAGUGAUACGUGCCUGUCAAUCCAAGCACUAUGGCGUCUACAACUGCAGUGUGACAAACGAAUAUGGGAAUGCAAAUAUGGCUAUCACCCUUAAACCUAUUAAGACUCUACCACUCUUUAUAAUAUUAAUUGGAGUUACAUCAGGAAUAAUAGUGUUCUCAGCCUUCGUGAUACUUUUGAUAUUAUGUCACAGACGAAGAAGGAAGCCUUUGAGUGAGAAACCAGACGUAACUGUUACAACUGAUAUGUAUAAAGAAAGUGAUAGGUCAUCUAAUAUUAGUGAUUUGAAAUUGCAACUGCCGCAAAGCGAUGGAAGCUACGAUUUGGAAUACACAAAUUCCGACCACUCUGACUCCAAGCCAGUCGGACUUCCCCUCGCGGGUCCCGUCACAUUGCACGAGCCAAUGAUGCAGUUCCGAUAUAGCAAUGACUAUUCUGAUCCUGCGUAUUCGGAUAACUAUUUUAAAACUCCAAAUGCAUAUAUCUACGACUACCCGCAAGGAUACGCGCCGCCGCCGCAUCUACGGGUACAGUCGCCCACACUAGAUGUUCCUACAAGAUCACUCCAAGGCUCUCUAACUCGUAGUAUCGACACGGCAUCAACACUUCCACUGUCCGCGGGCAAUGUUUCACAGAAUAACUCCUUACAACGAACGAAAAACGAAACUGAUGCUAUAAAUAAUCUAGGACUCCCUACUGGUGGGGAAGCCCCCCAAGCACCGGUAUACCCUCAACAGAAAAAUGCCAUUGACCCCCGGUACUCCGCUACCUAUGGGAACCCUUACCUUAGGAACAGUUCUACGGUGAACACUGCGAAGCCGGCAUCAACGCCCGCUCCGCCGCCUUACUCCGCGCGAGUGCCAGUUUCAAAUAUGCCAUUUACGAUAUCUACGCUGGUAAUUCUUAAUCGAACUAACAGAAGUGGAAACCGGACGUCACAAGCGACACACGUA